AUGAAAGUUUUGCCCAUUUUCUAUCAUGUAGAUCCUAGUGAUGCGCGGAAACAGGAGGGCACCUUCAGAGAUGCCUUUGCUGAGCACGAGAAAAAUAUUGAGAACAAAGAUAAGGUGCAAACUUGGAGAAAUGCUUUGAAAAAAGUGGCCAAUCUCUCUGGAUUCCAUUUAAAGAACGGGGAUGAGCCGACGUUUAUCAAAGAAAUUGUUAAAAUGAUAUCUAGAGAAUUGAUCAACCUUAUUGAUGAUCGCGAGGACAACCUUGUCGGGAUAGACUCUCGUGUGAAUGAAAUGCAUUUGCAUUUAGGUAUUGGAUUUUAUGAUGUUCGCAUUAUAGGGAUAUGCGGUAUGAGUGGAAUGGGCAAGACAACUCUUGCACGAGGUAUAUUUCAAAAGUUCAAUCAUCUAUUCCGAGCUAGAAGCUUUCUUGAAAAUGUUAGUUUGGUUUCUAAAAGAAAUGGUCUAGUUGCUUUACAAAAAAAGAUCCUUUCUGAUAUGAAGUUGAAGAUUGACCAUGAAAAAUGGGAUGUGCUUAAAGGAAUUGAUGUGAUAAGGAAUAGAUUACUUUACACAAAAGUUCUUAUUGUUCUUGAUGACGUGGAUGAAAAAGAACAAUUAGAAACAUUAGCUGGGAACUGCAAUUGGUUUGGAUCAGGGAGUAGAAUCAUUGUGACCACUAGAGAUGAAUGUUUGUUAACAGCACAUGGAGUGCAAAUUAUACACCGGAUUAAAGGACUACAUGAAAAUGAGGCUUUACAGCUUUUUAGUCAAGAAGCCUUUCGUAACCCUAAUCAAUGUGAAGAUCAAGACUUUUUGGAUCUAUGCAAUGACUGUGUGAGUUGCGCCGGCGGUCAUCCUUUAGCUCUUAAAGUUUUGGGUUCCUCCCUAUUGGGAAAAGGAAGAGAUGAAUGGAAAAGUUCUUUGAAUGGAAUACAAGUACUUCCUAAUAGAGAUAUUCAACAGCAACUCCAAAUAGGUUUUGAUGCAUUGGAGUAUACAGAGAAAAAUAUUCAACAUAAACUCAAAAUAGGUUUUGAUGCAUUGGGGGAGACAGAGAAAACAAUGUUAUUAGAUAUUGCCUGUUUCUUCAAUGGGGAAGACAAAGAUCGAGUGGUAGAUUUAUUGGAAGGUGAUUGCUUCCCUAAGAUUGAUAUAGAAACUCUUGUGGACAAAUCUCUUGUUACUAUUUUGGGGGGGAAAUUGUGGAUGCAUAGUUUACUACAAAGAAUGGGUUGGGAAAUUGUUCGCUGUGAACAUCGUAACAAGCCUGGAAAACGCAGCAGAUUAUGGCGUCGUGAUGAUAUCUUUGAAGUUCUACGGGAAAAUUCUGGAACAUAUAAAGUCCAAGGCAUAAUGUUAAGUACUUCGUCUCCACAUCAAGAAGAGUUGAAUCCUGAAGCCUUUUCAAAUAUGAAAAAACUUAGAUUAGUUAAAAUAUGUGAUGUGAAUCUUCCAUGGGGCCUCAAUUCUCUCUCUAAUUGGUUGCGACUAAUGGAAUGGCAUGAAUAUCCUUUGAGUUCCAUACCGGAGAGCUUUCAGCCAAACAAUCUUGUUGAGCUCAUUAUGCAUCGCAGCAGCUUUCUGCAAUUACCAAUGGCUUUUCUUAAAUUAAAGAAGUUGAAAGUCAUGGACUUUAGUGGUUCUGAAAACUUGAUGAUGACUCCUGACUUCUCUGGAUGCCCAAGUCUUCAAAGGUUAAUUUUUGAUGGUUGCACAAGAUUGUAUGAAGUUCACCCAUCUAUUGGAGCUCUCAAGCAUCUUAUACUAUUAAAUCUCAAAGAUUGUAAAUGUCUGAGUAGCCUUCUGCAUGAGAUCAACUUGGAAUCAUUGAAUCUUUUGAUCCUAUCGGGUUGUUCAAGUUUCAAUAAGUUUCCAGAGAUUGUGGAGAAUAUGAAGCUUUUGUCAGAGCUUUAUUUGGAUGAGACUGCCAUUGAGGAAUUCCCAUUAUCCAUUCAACAUCUAAUUGGCCUGACAUUACUAAAUCUUGGAGAGUGCAAAAAGCUUUCGGUUUUUCCGAGUGUCAUUUGUUGUUUACCUGCUCUUAAAACUCUCAUUCUCUCUGGAUGCAAAGGUCACCCUCCUUCCCCUAUUUUAUUUUCAAUUCGUGCACCUCGCACUUUGUCGUUGCCUAGCUUUUUUUCAGGGUUGACCACUUUAGUAACUCUAGAUCUAAGUGAUUGCAAUCUAUUGGAUGGAGCACUUCCCGACAAUAUUAGUAGCUUAUCCUCCUUGGAGUUUCUGAAUUUGAGCAGAAACAAUUUUGCACGCUUGCCAGACAGCAUUUCUCAGCUUCCAAAGCUUAAAUUUCUUUGUUUGGAUAAUUGUAGCAGACUUCAGUUAUUGCCAAAUCUUCCCUCAACUACACAAUUUGUAAUGGCUCGAGAAUGUACUUCACUCCAAAAUUAUUCCAAUCAAGUUGUUGGGUCGACUUCAGGUGGAGGAGAAUUCACUGUUAUUAGCUGCCAUAAACCGGUGAAGAAGACAUUCUGA